GUAACGAGGUGACCAGAACUGAACACAAUAUUCUAGGUGAGGUCUUACUAAUGCAUUGUAGAGUUUUAACAUGACUUCCCUUGAUUUAAAUUCAACAAAAAUUCAAUUUAAUAUACCAUGGCCUGUAUUUGACUGUAUUUAACGGGUCAUGCUUUGCUCCUCACUAUCUUGUGAAGCGGUUUGUGACGGUGAGCCCCUGUAAAAUAAAGAUUGAUUGAUUAUAUAAAAUCGUCCCACCCAGAUCUCGCAUUCAACCUUAAAAUAUGUCCCCAAAAAUAGCCCUGUGGUGUUUUAAUCCGGUUCGACAGGACAGGCAGGCAGUCGCGUUUCAAAUACCACACAUUACCCCCGCCUCAAGCCCUGCAGCGCCUCCGGAAUGCGUACUGCUAAGCUAUGUGUGAGUCUGCAGGCGUGUCGAUCCGGUGCGGCUGCAGCCCGCAGCAGCGGACCCGUUUCUAGGUGUGCUUGCUGCGUUGAUAGAACACGCCUGUAAAUAAAAACUAAGACCUGAUGAUACCUUCGCAGUGUUACGGAUUUGUUGCACAGAAACUCAGAGACGCGCAGUCGCUGGACACACACGCACCACACUGCUGUGAUACCGCGGCAAACUGCAGAGCCCAGGCAGACAUCACUGAGAGAGAGAGAGAGAGAGAGAGAGAGAGAGAGAAAGAGAAAGAGAAAGAGAAAGAGAGAGAGAGAGAGAGAGGGAGAGAGAGGGGAGAGAGAGAGAGAGAGAGUGAGAGGGGGAGAGAGAGAGAGAGAGAGAGAGAGAGAGGGAGAGAGGGAAUACAAGGAUAACGUGAUACUGGCAGGAUGGAUCCCGACAUCUCCAUCAUGUUCCAGAGCCCUUCCUCCCGGGGUCUGAGUGAAGAUCGGGUUCGAGUGGAGCUGUCUCCCAGGUACAACCGGCGCCCCCUGCCCCAGUACGAGGCCCGGAUCGCGGAGUCCUGGAGCCAGCGCUGCCAGCAGAACCCCUGGCUCUUCAACGGGUCGAAGUUCCGCAUCCACUCGGCGAGCCUGGAGCGGGAGGAGAGCGGGGAGGAGGAGGGCGGGGAGGGGAGGCAGGAAAGAGGGGUGCUGCUCAGGCUGCGGCUAGGCCUCACCUGCUACAGGGACUUCAUGGGCACGAACUGGGCCCCCUGGGCUGCGGUGCUGCAGCAGAGGGGUCUGGGAGAGCUGGGGGACUCGCAGGCUUACCUGGCCGAGCCGCUGGGCGUGGGAGCCAUGCUGCUGACGGCCGACGACUCCUUCGUGUUCCUGAAGAGAAGCGAGCGGGUCGGGGAGGCGCCGGGCAAAAUCGACAUCCCAGGAGGGCACCCCGAACCCAAGGCAGUUGCCGUGGGCAUCCCCGAGGAGUCUAUCCAGCUGAAGGACCUCUCUGAGGAGCUGGUGGUGCAGGAGCUGUUCUUCUCUGUGCUGGCAGAGAUCAGAGACGAGGUGAACCUGCCUCUCCAUUCGCUGCACAAGCCCAUCCUGCUGGGAAUCGCUCGCAAUAACACAAGUGCAGGACGGGCCAGCGCCGAGUUCUACAUCAGGUGCUCCCUGACUUCGGAGGAGGUGAAGCACUUUUACUGGGAGGGGGGACCGGAGGCCCAGGAAUCUACCAACAUCGUCUUCAUCAAGAGGGAGGCGAUUCUGCGCUUGGAGGAGAACGCCCUCUUGUGGUCAGAGUUGUGUCCUUCAGCCAAAGGAGCCGUGAAGCUUUACAGUCUGGUGCAGCCCGUCUGAGGAGAGAGAAGCUGGGGGGGCUGUCGAGGAUUUCAACGUGCAAUAACGAAACGCAUCAAACUGUUCCAGAACCUCAGAAAUACUCCGAAAAUACGUCAUAGAUUCGAACGACAAAAAAAGAAUCGAAUCGAUGACGUUUCUUUUAUUAGUACUUCUGAAUUCGGCGCAUUUUGGAGCGUUUUUAUUGGUCAUCGAUGUGUCUAAAUCUGUACCCAUUCCAGGUCAGGCUGGCCUGAUUCGGAUCAAUAUUUAAAUUCAGGAAAGAAUUACUGCAAAAACUAAAGCGAAGACGGAUGAUAGACGCGAUGCGAGAGGAGACCGACCCGCCUCGUGAUUUGAAUUGUUCAUUCUUACUAAAUGUAUUAAAAUGUAUCUUUAUUAAUAUCGUGUUUUUAAAUGUUUUUUUUUUUAAUGAACGGUUUAAAUGUAUGAAUAUUUUGUUUUGUUUUGAAUGGAAUUUGUACAGAACUGUGAUGAAAAUAAACGUGUUUCCUCAUGGGUGUGUAA